UCCCCACCCUCUUCCGGCCCUUGGCUGCCCGGCCGCCCUCGCUCGUCCCGGCGGAUGCUGCGCCUCUCCGAGCGGAACAUGAAGGUGCUGUUCGUCGCCGCCCUCAUCGUGGGCUCCGUUUUCUUCCUGCUGUUGCCGGGUCCCUCCGCGGCCGAUGAGAAGAAAAAGGGGCCCAAAGUCACCGUCAAGGUGUACUUUGACCUGAGAAUUGGAGAUGAAGAUAUAGGUCGGGUGGUCAUCGGUCUCUUUGGAAAGACUGUUCCAAAAACUGUGGAUAAUUUUGUGGCCUUAGCAACAGGAGAGAAAGGAUUUGGCUACAAAGACAGCAAAUUCCAUCGGGUGAUCAAGGACUUCAUGAUCCAGGGUGGAGACUUCACGCGGGGAGAUGGCACUGGAGGUAAGAGCAUCUACGGUGAACGCUUCCCAGAUGAGAACUUCAAACUGAAACAUUAUGGGCCUGGCUGGGUGAGCAUGGCCAACGCAGGCAAAGACACUAACGGCUCCCAGUUCUUUAUCACAACGGUCAAGACAGCCUGGCUAGAUGGCAAGCAUGUAGUGUUCGGCAAAGUUCUAGAGGGCAUGGAGGUAGUGCGGAAGGUGGAGAGCACUAAGACAGAUGGUCGGGACAAGCCCUUGAAAGAUGUGACAGUUGCAGACUGUGGCAAGAUCGAGGUGGAAAAGCCCUUUGCCAUCGCCAAAGAGUAGGGCCCCAGGGACCUCUUCUCUUUGAGCCGCCGUCUGUGCGGGCCUGUUGCCCUCCCUGGGUGAAGACAGCCCGCUACGGGCUCUGUGCUGCACUGGCCCUAGUGCCGGCAUCUGACAGAGCAGAACCCUCCCUUUACAUUCCACGGCCCGGUUUUGUAACAAACUCCUACCAACACUGAUCAAUAAAGGGAAAAAGGUGGGUUUUUUUUUUAAUAA